AUGGAGGGAGCUCUGGAACCAAUUACUGCCAUGCUGACAAAGCAUGAGCAGGAGAUCUGGGCUUCGGAUCAGCGCGUAGAAGAGGUGGAACAGAGAACCACAGCCUCAGAGGCUGCGACGGAAGGUCUUGGGCCUUACCGGCGUGGUAUUGCUUUGAUGUUUGGAAUAGCGGUGGCAAAUGGUUCUGUGAACAUUACAGUGGAAUUCCCCUACAUCAGUGUUUGUGGGGCUGAACCACCCCAGAGCUGCAUUUUUGGCCAAGUGAUGAACGUCGGAUCUUUUCUGGUUAUUUGGGUUUGUGUCAUCAGAUACCAGCAAGUGAUAGACUAUGGGUUCCAGUCGGCACUGAACAUUGUCAGUCUGGUGACCGGUUGCUUGUGCGCAAUCGGGGGUUCCUUGGUGGGAAAUUUCCAGACCGUCAACCAGAUCCACGUCCACCUCGUGGGAGCCUUUCUCGCCUUCUUUAUUGGCAACCUCUACUUCUGGCUGCAAGUGGGACUGACCUACAAGAUCACAUCUCGACGUGGAGGAAAGUGGAUGGGGGUGAUUCGGAUUAUCUGCUGUCUCAUAUGCACAGCUUGCCUCAUCCUGCUACCGAUGCUGCACUUCUGGAAGAGGAGGUCAGGAGCUGCCAUUUGCGAGUGGAUUGCCGCUAUGGUCCUGCUGCUCCUCUUCGGGCUCUUUGCCGUGGAUUUCCGGCACAUUGACGGUCAGUGCUUCCACGUCGUUCGAGAAAAGGCCAGGAUCCAGAACUCCACCACCACGCUGGAGUUAUAG